CCCUCACCAGUCACCAAACCCAGAGGCGCCGACUUCUCGACAAUUCCUCGGUGUCCACAUUGCACCACCUGGACGACCAACAACACCGCUCGAUUCAAACGAUACGACCAGCUGCUUGCUUCGCGAUCAGAGCAGUCAAUAUCCUCUUGACCGCCAACCCUGCGCCUGUCGAAAACCCAGCGAGGGCUGAAACCAACCCCUAGGAACACAAGGAUUGGACUUGGUCACGGUCAAACCGACGUCGCCUGACUGCACUCCAUAGAAAGUAUCUUGUUCUCAACCUGGACGACUUUCUGCCGACUUUCACACGCCCGCAUCUGCUGUAACCGGCCGACGACGACGAAGCGACAAAGCAGCAUUGUCCUUUGACUUGAACUCAGGCAUCUGACACAGCACAUUUAUCUGCAAUUAAACGGUGCUAUUCGGGCUGAGAAGAGGCGACCAGAACACCUGUGACGGAUUACGACUCGAUUACAACAUAUCUCCUUCAAUUCAUUCAUUUCAAUCAAUUCUCGCUCGCCAAACCCCUUGUCUGGCACGAUAUCGAAACAGUUCGACGGUUUGAGCCGAACUCGACACACUAAACCUACGCCAAGCAUCACGAACUCUUCCAUUCACAGUCCCUCCUUAACAACAUUGCCACCUCGAAUCAAUCGACGAUAAAGAAAUUGGACGCCUAGCUUGAGUUACCGUCUACCGCAUUUUACCCGCUGCGUAUUGCGUACUAGAUCAGCUCCACUUCCGAACCGACUCUAUUCUGCGACCCUAUUUUUACUUUUUGAACCUCAAAUGUCCAACGUUGCUUGAUAGACACUAGCUCUAUAUCAACAUCGAAGGCAGCAUCUACUGAAGAACCGGCGCGGUUUCUCCUAUGCCAUCAUACGGCUCGCUGCAUUCUCCAUCCCUGCGCAAAAUGGAACACACAAGAGGACAGUACGGAGGUGGUCGGAAAGGCAUGAGCCUGGGGAACGUUAUUGGUGACCCUUUUGCAUUGGCGACGAUAUCAAUUGCCGGCCUUGCAUGGCUCAUUGCUUUCAUCGCAUCCAUUGUGGCCCAGAUCCAAACAACCCAAGGCUUCCCAACGUACACAUGGUGGACAGUUGUUUUCUACUUUUUCUUGAUUCCAGGUGUCUUUGUUGUCGUUGCCUCAGACACCAUCCAGACUUAUCAUGUUGCGCUUGUCGGUUACAUGGCUUGCGGUCUGGUUCUGACGACUUCCUCGGUCAACGGUCUGGUGUACUCGACGAACGGCGCUAAGGAAGCCGCUGCGGCUGGUUUCAUCCUGUUGUCCAUGGUCACGAUCGUCUGGAUCUUUUACUUCGGAUCCGCGCCCUCGGCCAUGCCCCGCGCCUACCUGGACUCGUUCGCCUUGAGCAAGGAGUCGACUAGCAACAACCGCCAGACCAUGACAGGUGGCGGCUAUGGCAUCGGCCGCCCUGAAACCUCAACAUCGGUUCAGCCACCACAAAUGUACACGUCGGCGCAGCUGAACGGCUUCGAGAACCCAUCGCCGGUCAAUGGCAUGCGAAACUCUGGCGCGGCACCAUCGGGCUUCCCAGCAGCACCUGGCCCAGCGAGCGGCCUGCCCAAAGCGACCACACCACCCGCGGGUGGCGCGGCGGACGCGGAGAUAGUACCCCCAACCGAGUACCCGUACCGCGCCAAGGCCAUCUACACAUACGAGGCCAACCCCGACGACGCUAACGAAAUCAGCUUCUCGAAGCACGAGAUAUUGGAGGUUAGCGACGUCAGUGGGAGGUGGUGGCAAGCGAGGAAAGAGACGGGUGAGACUGGUAUUGCACCGAGUAACUACCUCAUUUUGCUAUGAGGCGGUUGCUACUCUCGGUUACUGCAACAUCUUACUUUGAUCACACUAUCAAAUGUGACGGAGUUCCUAAAAAGCUUCUACACCCCUAUCCACCUAAAUCAACAACACCUAAUCCGAAUUUGAUGACGAAUGACGAUACCUCCGGGGCUUCCAUUUGCAAUGGUGCCCCCGUCCACUCGCUUCUUUGAUUCGACGAGCCGGGAAUGGCGGACCGAGCGAACUCAGGAUCACCACAUUGUAUCCUUAUCAACACUCUAUGCGUCCACCGUAUUUGGUUCAUUAUGCACCACAACUGCUGUUAUCACACGACGUGCUGCAAGUGGUUUCCUACUUCAAACUUCUACAUCGUCCCUGGGAAUGCAUACGGCGUUUGGUUCAGCUUUCUAGUCGCACCCCUCGACUUUUACGGGGUUUAUUACUGCAGCAUGCUUUGAUCGCGCAGCCACACAUGAACAUACAGCGCUUUUAUGGCCUUUUUUUUUUUUUUUUGAAAGCUUUGGGGGUUGGAAUUUUCUGGACCCCAGGUUUGCUCUUGAUAGGAUAUCGGGUAGUUGCUACAUCCCCCAGAGCAUGUAAAGUCUACACAUGUGGGUGGAUCUGCGCAGGCCGAAAAAGGAUAGCAAAAAGCACCGACUCUCUUCAUUGGUAUCUUUUGUCCAAGGAACAUAUUUUCUUGAUGUUCUUGGCCUUGGUUUGCUGGGAUAGAUGUCACGGCUUCGUCCGUUUGUUUCCUUUUUUUUUCUGCUCGGUUGGGAUCUGUCUCCGUUCUCUUUCUCGAUUUUGUUGACUCUAUUAUGUUUCUUGCUUAUUCCAUUCUUAUACUCUGUCACAAUAUUCUUUGAUUAAAUCCCCCUUUUUUUUCUCUUUUGUCUAAACUCUUUUUCUUGAUUCUCACAAACGCGGUCUCUUUUGUUGUUAUUUUUUCUCCGUUAAACAAGUCAUGGAAUGAAAUAUGCCCAUAACGUCUCAAGCUAUGAACACUUUGCCUGCUC